AUGCCCACGGGGAACCAACCUCAAAGUCAUCCGACAAGGACAAGGUCAGCCGCCGCGACCGAGGGCCAAGACAAUGAAAGACAAGCUUGGGUCGUGGAAACGUACGGAGUACAGAGGAACCUGGCAAUGGGUUCUCGGAAGCUAUUGCUUUGUUGCGUUAGGAGAAGACAGGGAUCCCAUCCGCCGCAUCGAUUUCUGUCUUCAUUCGUUUUCCUCCUCAUUCGGGCCUGCGCAUGCUUACUUCGCAACUUGCAACACUCUACGCCUGGUAUUCGUCUCUCUUCUUCCAGCCUCCCUGACAUCUUGUCCCUCUUGAGAAGUUCUCCCGCUGCAGAGACUCCCUCUUUCCUCGUCCCCGUCCUAAUCCGCCGUCCCAUCACCCUGAGGGACUACACCGGCCAGACGUACCGGCUCGGCGAAUUGACUUUCUCACCUAAACAACUUCUCUCAAGGUGCUCACUCUCCUCACUUCUUCUGACGGGUCACCAUAACCACCCUACCGAUAAGCGCAGCUUGACGCUUCCUGCAACACCAUCCUGUCUUGGAUUUCGUCCGGAGAAAUUCAGCCCUGUCCACCCAUCUCUGCACAGACAAGGCCCAGGCUCGCUUCCACCUUAUCACUGGCAGCUUCUUCAACGUCUAGAAUCAGACGUGAUGGUCAGGUUCACUCCCGCUGCCGCCGUUGCGGCUCUUCUGAGUACUACCUCGGCCUCCCUUGUCGCGCGACAGACGGCUGCUAGCACCACCACCACGGCUGCUGGGUCUGAUCCCACGGCCAUCUCUCAGUGUUCCGUUGCUUCGUCUACUCAGAUCUGCAAAGCUGGAACGACUGAGUUCACAGUCUUGUCUACCCCUACUGGCACACUGCCCAGUUCGUAUACAGGAUGCCACAAGCAUGCCACUGACUUGUACUGCUUCUAUCCGGAUGGCGAGGUUGAAGUCGUGGCCGCUAAUGCGCCCGCUGCCACCGCUGCCACGACGACGGCUGCUGCUGCUGCCACUGGCGCACCCACGGCAGUGUCUGACUGCCACCUUCACGGAGUCACGGUCUUCUGUAUGUGGGGUACUACGGAAUAUCAGGUCAUGACGACGCCCACCAACACUGCCGCCUCAGCGAUACCAACAGCCUUCACUGGUUGUCAUGCCCACGGCACUGAUACUUACUGUCUCGCUCCCAAUGGAGAUGAUGUCGAAAUUGUUGCCGAGGGUGCUGAGUCUUCCGACCAUGACGACACGAGCGGAGAAGAACCUCAGGGAGAAAACUGCCACUUCCACGCCGGUGUCGAGCAUUGCGUUGGCGCAGGCGAGAGCGAGAGCAGUAGCGGCACGAGAAGCUGCGAAAAGGUCACGCGAGACUAUAACAUUCCUCUGCGUGUCGGUCUUCUCUUUGUAAUUCUGGUCACUAGCGCCUUUGGAGUCUACUUCCCCAUCUUCAUGAUCAAGUGGAUGCCCACCAAGACGCACACCAUCUUCCUCAUUCUCAAGCAGUUCGGCACGGGUAUCAUCAUCUCUACCGCCUUCAUCCAUCUGUACACCCACGCCCAGCUCAUGUUUGGCAAUGAGUGUCUGGGCAGUCUUGGCUACGAGGGAACCACCUCUGCUAUUGUCAUGGCUGGUAUCUUCCUGUCUUUCCUGGUUGAGUACAUUGGAAAGCGCAUGGUCUUGGCAAAGAUGGCCGCCAAUCCUGGCGCAAUGACCCGUUUCUCCCCCGAGACAGUCACCGUCCUGGUCCUUGAGUGCGGCAUCAUCUUUCACUCUAUUCUGAUUGGUAUCACCCUUGUUGUGGCUGGUGACACCUUCUUCCUGACCCUCUUUGUUGUCAUUCUGUUCCACCAGAUGUUUGAGGGUAUCGCACUGGGCACUCGCAUCGCCCAGCUCGGCCAGCCGACCCCGGCUGAAAUGGCAGAGCGUCCUGCCCCGAGUGCGCCCGCCGAAGUCGAGCAAACCGCCUCCGCCGAGGGCAGCCUCAACUCCCUGAAGAAGCCCAGCUUCUCCCUCGUCAAGAAGCUUAUUCUCGCCUCUCCCUUUGCGCUCGUCACACCCAUCGGGAUGGCCAUCGGAAUUGGCGUCCUCUCGCAAUUCAACGGCAACGACCGCGACACAAUCAUCGCUAUCGGUACCCUCGACGCGCUCUCAGCCGGUAUCCUCGUCUGGGUUGGUGUUGUGGAGAUGUGGGCCGAGGACUGGAUGCUUCCUGGCGCGGAGCUCCUAAGCACUGGCCCGAUUGUUACGACUCUUGCUUUCUUCGGUCUCAUCGCCGGCAUGAUCAUCAUGAGCGUGCUCGGCAAGUGGGCUUGA